AUGAUGGAGCGCUCCAAACCGAGUCAAAGAGAAAGCGAAGCCACGUCCAGCAACGACGCUGCCCUGAACGGACUUCUGGACGGGAUGGAGAAGAUGCCCAAGUGGAACGGCACACCUAAAGAGACGCCCAAAGGUGAGAAGUCCAGCGGCACCCGCGCCCCGUGUUCGUCUGUGAUGGAGAGCUGGAGGGAAGAGCGCACUCGGAGCGUGGAGGACAACGAGAUGAGCCUGCCGGGUAUCGUCACCGCCUACACCACCAUCCUCAGGGGUCUGGGAGAAGAUCCGCAGAGACAAGGCCUGCUGAAGACGCCUUACCGGGCGGCCACGGCCAUGCAGUUCUUCACCAAGGGUUAUCAGGAGAAAAUCAUAGAUGUUCUGAACGACGCCAUUUUCGACGAAGACCACGACGAGAUGGUGAUCGUGAAGGACAUCGACAUGUUCUCCAUGUGCGAGCACCACCUCGUCCCCAUCUUCGGCAGAGUCCACAUAGGCUACCUACCUAACAAGAGGGUUCUCGGCCUCAGCAAACUGGCAAGGAUCGUUGAGAUCUACAGCAGAAGGCUGCAAGUGCAGGAACGUCUCACCAAACAGAUCGCCGUCGCCAUCACCGAAGCUCUACAGCCCGCCGGAGUCGGAGUGGUCGUCGAGGCAACUCACAUGUGUAUGGUGAUGCGAGGCGUGCAGAAGAUGAACAGUAAAACAGUGACGAGCACUAUGCUGGGCGUUUUCCGCGAGGACCCCAAAACCAGAGACGAGUUCCUCACACUGAUCCGGAGCUGAGACGAGCCACGUGUGGAUCAGACAUCCUUCUCCGACGCGUCCAUCCUUCACCAUCAUGUUGUUUCUGUACUGGCCUCGAAGGGGAGGUUGUGCUGCUGGCGAGUGUGUUCUCCCAGCACUUGCUAUCUCAGAGUGGGAGAUACCUCAGUUAAACCACCCCUCCUAGUGUUUUUACGUGUGUGUGUGUGUGUGUGUGUGCGCUCCAGCGCACAGAGAUUUUGAGUGCUUUUUCAUGGUUUUCAGAUGGUUAUAGGUCCACAGACUCAAAUUCUAAUAUAGCCGACAGUUUUCAUCACUGUAACAACAUCAUCAUGGCAACAAGUUUUUUGACAAAUGAUAAAAGAUUUUAAAAAAUGUAAAAACCCUUUUAGCCACUCAUAUUUAUUCAGUUGCCAGAUGCAUUAUACCACCAUAAAUACCACUCGGUGUCCUAACACUGACUCGCUGACAGACCUAGGGUGAUUUUAAACAGGGACGCUACCGCUGCCGUAUUUCUAUCCAAACACGUGUGAUCUGACCCGCAUUAGAGCUGCAGUAUGUAACUUUUUUUUUUUACUUUUUAAAAAAAGGUGAAAUGAGUAGAAAUGUUCAGUCAGUGUAAAAAACAAACAAACAAAAAAAAUCCACACACACACACGCACGCACAAAAACUGUGUACUUUCGUUGCUGCAAGUCACCAUGGAAAACCUGAAAUAUUAAUUAGACCUGUCGGGUUGUAUUUCAUGAUUUUGGGUUGUGCUACCCCCUAAUACCUUAUACUCUGUAUGAACAGAAAAACUCACAACCUAAUCGAAUUUAAGUGAGAGGAAAGUGACGGAUGUUGGGGAUAAUGGGGGUGUAUUCCCAAACAAUGCUCUUAAUUUUGAAUUGUUGAUAAGAAUAAUAAACAAUUGAAUCAAAGUCAUAAAAUGUAGUAAAAGCAUAAAUAGAAUAUACACAUCACAUAGAAACUUAACACAUACAGGUACGAGAUUCUGAUUUAAACUGAUAGAUGCUGUGAUUCUGAUUGGUUUAAACUGAUAGCGGUAAGAGAUUCUGAUUGGUUUAAAUUGAUAGCGAUAAGAGAUUCUGAUUGGUUUAAACUGAUAGAUGCUGUGAUUCUGAUUGGUUUAAACUGAUAGCGAUAAGAGAUUCUGAUUGGUUUAAACUGAUAGAUGCUGUGAUUCUGAUUGGUUUAAACUGAUAGCGAUAAGAGAUUCUGAUUGGUUUAAACUGAUAGAUGCCGUGAUUCUGAUUGGUUUAAACUGAUAGCGGUAAGAGAUUCUGAUUGGUUUAAACUGAGAGGUUGUUUCUUGCUUUAAUCUGAUGGCCUGAAAGAAUAAACGGCCAUAAAUUUAAUCUGAACUUAAACACAUGAAUUGUUUCUGUAAUUCACCCAUUUUUCUGUUAAACUUUUAAUCCCAGAUCCGUGUAUCCAAACUGUACUGUCACGUGUCACGUGUCGGUGUGUGAGGUGUGUAGUUCAGUCAUCAAACUGUAUUAACUCUGUUCCGUGCACCCGAUGACCCACGCAUGAUCCACUCGGCACCAUGUCGUGUCCUGUCCGUGUGAGCGCGUUACUGUACCGAAGGCCGUCAGUCUUCUUCACUCCUCUGAUAUAGGACCAUCUUUUUCUUUUUUCUUUCUCUUCUUUCUCGCUGUUGUGCAAGGACCAAAGUUUGAAGUUGAGAUAUGAAAACGAUCUGAACUUUGAUAACGAUGUUGAUCAGUGUGAGCAUUUUCCCUCUCGCAGCGCCGGUGAUGCACGCGAUCGAAAUCCAAGCCUCAAAGAAAACAUAGUUUACUACUCAGAUAUUUAUAUACAUGUCAAAUGUUCAUAACGUCCAGAGAAAUUUCUAUUAACUCGUCAUGAUGAUGUGUGUGUGUAUAUAUAUAUAUACACACACACACACACAAAAUAUAUGAUCUAUUUUAUUUUGAAUGUACCACCUAAAGUAAUUUGUUGUGUUUUCAUGUUUUGAAUGAUAUAUUCAGAAGAAUGAAUAUAUAUAUAUAUAUAACUUUUGAGAUAUAUCAUGUAUGGAUGUAUGGAUGUGGGUGUUCUUACGUAAACGUAAGUGAGAAAGCGAACACUUGACGUUGGUGUUCCAGUCCUGUUCAUGUGGCCUUCACAGGGACUCCCCCAGUCCUGAGUACACUUCAGUGUUCAUUUACAGCAAACUGAUGUUAAGUUCAUCGAAUAAAUUCUGUUUGAAAAUCGCUUGUAACCGUGCUGAAAGUUUUUGUUUUUGUUAGAAGAAGCAGAAAAACAUCCCGCGGCAUAUCUUCGGAUAGUUCAGGAUUCUUUGCUUUCUGAAGGAUUUAUACUUGGAACCUAAGGUUUAUUAUUAUUAUUAUUAUUAUUAUUAUUAUUAUUAUCAUCAUCAGAUUCCUGUUCUUGGCUUACAGGAAUGGAACCCGAUGUGGUCUGCUGCUGCUCUAGUCCACCCCGCUCAACCUUUGAAGUCUAGUGCUUGCCGAGAUGCUUCUUCUACACGUCGUGGUUGUAAAGCGCGGUGGAUAAUUUACCGGAGCCUUCCUGUUAGCGCGAACCCUCCGAUCUCGCUCGUCUACAAGAUGUUUCCACCCGCCCACAGAACCGGUGUGUACGCAGGUGUUCCUAUUAAAGUGGCCAGUAGUCGUA